UCAAAAUCCCACCAAUCAACGGCCGCGGCUCGAAAUUCGAACGUCAACUCUCCGAAAGAGUCGGUACGCUGCUUCAAAAUUCAUGAUUUUUCUGCGUAAUUUAAGCAAUUUAACGCAUUUUGUAGAAGCGAUACAUCGUCGGAACAGAUAUCCUGUUGAUAAACACAUGCUGAUCCCGAGCCAUGGGGAAAGAGCGGGCCCAGAAGAAGUCCUUCCAGCAGAGUCUGGAGGACAUAAAGGAGAAAAUGAAGGAGAAGAGGAACAAACGUCUAGCUACUGCUUCAGCUCCCAGCAGAGGAAGGUCCGGAAAAAACAAGAGCAGUGUGGUUAACUCCACCCACACCAUCCUGAAGGGUGUCCAGCUGAACAACAAGACACUGGCCGUGGCCUUGCAAGUUGAAAAGGAAAAAGUGAGGCAGUCCAACGCGGUGAUCCUGCAGCUGAAGAGAGAGCAACAGGCCCUGUUCCUUCACCUUCUUCUGCUCAAGAGGAAGCUCAAAGAGCAGGAAGCUCUGGCAGGGAGUCCUUCAGAGACUAAACCUCCAAAUGUCAUCACUGAACAACAACACCCCGUGGAUUCAGCGAGAAGGAAGCGGAGGAGCCAGAACCCUGAUGAGCCUAAUGCCUCACCAAUUUGUGCAGACCCUCAGCCCUCUGAAAAGAAUGCCCAACCUGAUUGUUGCAAGCACCUGCCAUCUACAGUGGGCGUGAGGCGUCGCCAUGCAGAUAGAAGAAGCAGGAGGAGGUCUGAGCGUGUGCAAGAAAAGAGGACAUUGAGUGAGGCGGACCCUGUCACAUGCAUGGAUGCUUUAACAGCAAGCCCUAUUUGCAGUGAUGACAGAAAUCAGCCACAGCAAGAAGCAGAACCAGAUUUAGCAGAACCAGAUUUGGCAGACCCCGUCGACACUGAGGAGUUUCAGCAUUCUACUCCUGAACCUGUCCCACCCAAAAAAAACAACCAGCAGCGGCCCAGCAGGAAACAAGCCCAGCCGCAACAGCCUCCCACCAAACCAGAACCGGCUGCACGGAAACCCGAGAGAGGUCGCAAACCAGAGCGGGCAGCGUUAAAGAAACCUUGGGAGAAUCCCAAACCCAGAGCCCGCUCCAAGAGUCGGGACCGGUCAGCCACACGGGCCAAAACAGCACCUCCGUCACAGGGAAAUAAGCUCAACACCUCCCUGGGAUUUAAUGACACGUUUGACUUUGACUGUGAAGAGGCGGUCCACAUCACACCAUUCAAGGCCAAGGCGGAGGAAAAUCUGCCUGCCGCGUCCAUCAGCGUAGAGAAUUCACAAGGAGGACAGGCCCAAACUGAAGCUUCCGCUGUGCUUUCCAAACACAAUGAACCCAGCUCGUCAUCGCCUUCUUCUGAAUCAGAGGACAGCCUGUAUGUCCCUAAGAAGAGCAAACGGAGACAGACUUCAUCUGAAAAGACCAAAGUGAUCACCACUCGUAGAGGCCGGCCCUCUAAAGUGGUCAAACAGAAAGAAAACCUCCCUCCAAAGAAGGAGAUAUCUGUCUUUACAGAGGAGUCAUGUCCUAAGGACGUAGAGCCUGAAAAGGAAGAAGUUCAUCUUCAUCACUCCCUUAACUCUAGCUUCUCAAACAGCCCCGACCCAGCGAGGCUGGAACAGGAAAAUCACCAAGAGCCUCACAGAGGGGUUAGUGAGAAGGAUUGUUUGCCCCCCGUGAGCCCUCUGGUUGAAGCUGAGAUGAUGAGAAUAGACAACGUCCUGUCCAAUUUUGGAGAUUCCUCCUGUGAAGCUCCUCCUCUUGUACCCCACCAAACGCCACAGAGAGUCAAGACAUGCAAGAAACGUGGGCUUGGUGUAAGGACAGCGGGGCGGGGCUUGAGUCUGUGUGAUGUGACCAAUCUGUCCCCCGCAGCCUAUCGCAAGUUCUCCUGUGGUGGCUCACGCCCCUCUGAUGCCCGUUGCUCCACUCCCGUUCCUACUCGCAAGCGGCGCUGCACCAUGGUGGUGGACUACAAGGAACCCACGCUAAAUGCGAAACUUCGACGUGGAGACAGGUUCACAGACUUGCAGUUCCUCCGCUCUCCUGUUUUCAAGCAGAAGUCUGACAGGAAGUCUGUGCAGAAAUCAAGGGAUUCUAUAAGCAGCCAGCAGUCAUUGGAGAAAUACAAUGAGUCAUUUGUUGGAUGUCGCUGAAAGCAGCUACCCUGACUGGCACUGUCCAAAUUAAUGUGAUUUCUUAAGAGUUUUGACAAGUGGACAUUUUGUUUUUCACCCUCGAGGUUGUAUUUCUUCACGUGAGGAACUGUGAUCAG